CUUAACCAACAUGAUCCCCAAAUUCAUACUACCUAAGUUUCCACCUAUAUGUACCUCUCACUUUCUCUGGCUUUUAACCCUCUCAGUAUAUCCAUAUCACCUAGUCAAAGCUAUCUUCGGCUAAAAGCCUAAAACUUCAUUGAUUCCCUUAUUUCCUUGACUUUCAUGUUUCAUGUUUUAAUUUGGAUCUCAAAAUUUCGCCUCCUUUUUUUUUCCCUUAGACCUUUAACUAAGUUAUGCUUUAGCAAAUUCUAGUGAAUUGUUGUCCUUGUUUGUUCUGUUUGUGGGUUUCAUUUCUUGUCUCCUAGGAAUUUAAAAAAAUAAUUUGUCUAUCCCCAUUUUACAGAUGUUAGGAUUAGUACCUCAAUCUUGUUUUCCAUUGUUGAGUUAUAAACUUUAGGUAAUUUUCCAAACUUCAUAUUGUGUAUGCCAUCAAACAAGGAGAAAGCAGCAUUAUGCUCAUGAAAGUUUCCCUGAUUUUGGUCCUCCUUUCAAUUUUCUGUGUCACUUUCAAACCAUACACUGAAGUUGAUGUUCAAAAUGAUCACAACAAUGAUCCAACUCUCGCCAACAAAGAAUUUUGCAAGAAAGCCAAAAGUUCAGAAUCAACUAGAUUAAACAAGGAAGAAGAUGGAGAUGAUGCUAUAUCAGCAAAGCCUCACAAAAGGUCAGCAAAGUUUCACCUAAAACGCAGGCCAAUCAAUCAUGGGAAUGAGCCUAAAACACACGCACUGGACUCAGCACUCAGGGAUUUGGUCAGAAUUCAGACUCUUCAUAGAAAAGUCAUAGAGAAAAAGGACACAAAAAGCAUGUCAUGGAAGCAAGAAGUCAAGGUUAUCACCAUCCAGCAGCAGAACAACCUUGCUAAUGCUGUUGUAGCAUCAUUGAAAUCUUCUAAAGAUGAGUUUUCAGGUAACAUCAUGGCAACCUUGGAAUCUGGGGCCUCUCUUGGCACAGGAGAGUACUUCAUAGACAUGUUUGUAGGUACACCUCUUAAACAUGUUUGGUUGAUACUUGACACUGGCAGUGACCUCAGUUGGAUUCAAUGUGAUCCUUGUUAUGAUUGUUUUGAACAAAAUGGACCCCAUUAUAAUCCCAAUGAGUCUAGUUCUUAUAGGAACAUAAGCUGCUAUGAUCCCCGGUGUCAAUUGGUUUCUUCACCGGACCCUCUUCAGCAUUGCAAGACUGAAAACCAAACAUGUCCUUACUUCUAUGACUAUGCAGAUGGUUCAAACACAACAGGAGAUUUUGCAUUAGAAACAUUUACUGUGAACCUCACCUGGCCUAAUGGGAAAGAAAAGUUUAAACAUGUGGUGGAUGUGAUGUUUGGUUGUGGCCAUUGGAACAAAGGCUUUUUUCAUGGGGCUGGUGGAUUGCUAGGACUUGGGAGAGGACCUCUCUCCUUUCCCUCACAGCUUCAAUCUAUUUAUGGUCACUCAUUUUCUUAUUGUCUCACUGACCUUUUCAGCAACACAAGUGUUAGCAGCAAAUUGAUCUUUGGUGAGGACAAGGAGCUAUUGAACCACCACAACUUGAACUUUACUAAAUUGCUUGCAGGAGAAGAAACUCCAGAUGAUACAUUUUACUAUCUCCAGAUAAAGUCCAUCGUGGUAGGUGGGGAAGUGCUUGAUAUUCCUGAAAAAACUUGGCAUUGGUCAUCAGAAGGUGUUGGUGGUACAAUUAUUGAUUCUGGCUCUACCUUGACCUUUUUCCCUGAUUCAGCUUAUGAUGUUAUCAAAGAAGCCUUUGAGAAGAAAAUUAAACUGCAACAAAUUGCUGCAGAUGAUUUUAUUAUGUCUCCAUGUUACAAUGUGUCAGGGGCAAUGCAAGUGGAGCUACCGGACUAUGGGAUUCAUUUUGCAGAUGGGGCUGUGUGGAAUUUCCCAGCAGAGAACUAUUUCUACCAAUAUGAACCUGAUGAAGUUAUUUGUUUGGCAAUUCUGAAGACACCUAAUCAUUCUCAUCUCACAAUCAUUGGAAACUUACUACAACAGAAUUUUCACAUUCUGUAUGAUGUAAAAAGGUCUAGGCUGGGAUAUUCUCCCAGGAGGUGUGCUGAGGUUUAGCAUCAUGUUAUUAGUUGUUAGAAAUGGCGUUUAAAGUGUUUUUGAUUGUCAUCUUUUUCUUCUUCUUCUAUUUGUUCUAUUCUUCAAGUUUAGACAAUCAAAAUAAUAUGUAAGACCAAAGUAUAUAUAUAUAUUGUAUGCAAUUUCACUCAAAAAACAAAUAAUCAAAAUAUUGA